AUGCAGCUCCAAAGCCUCCCAAGACGAGUUCAGACUGUUGCCGGCCUUUCCCUGGUCGUCUGCAUGUUCUUGCUCACUUUCAUCCUUCUGAGGCGGCCUGAUUACAAACUUACUUCGUUCAAAGAUAAUACCGAGAGGCCGAAAUGGGUGCCGACAUGGCCAGCGGAGCAGGCAGAGCCUAGAUUCGCGUAUGCGCAGUAUGUUACCAACAUACACUAUCUAUGCAAUGCCGUGAUUAAUUUUGGCCUCUUACGCCGUUUUGGCGCUAAGCAUGAUCUUGUUCUCAUUCAUCCAAAGAACUGGCUUGAGGGGAUUUCUCCCGAGUCGAAGGCCCUGGCUAGAAUCAGGUCUGAACGCCCUGAAAUACAGAUGCGCGCGUUCGACGUACUCUCUACGAACAAGGGAGACGCAACAUGGCACGACAGCCCGACGAAGUUCCAAGCUUUUGCGUUAACCGAAUGGAAAAGAGUCUUUGCCUUCGAUUCCGAUUCGCUUGUUCUCAACAAUAUGGACCAUUAUUUCCUCAGUCCCGCUACUCCCAUUGCCGUUUCGAGAGCCUAUUGGCUUACCGAGAAGAAUACCGAUACUCCUAAGCAAGUUCUGGGAUCCCACGUAAUGCUCAUCGAGCCAAACGAAGUAUUCCACCAAAAGAUUAUUAAAGAGGCAAAGGCAUCUGGAAAUUUUGAUAUGGAGAUUAUCAACCACCUAUUUCAGAAUUCCGCUAUGGUCUUACCGCAUCGGGGACUUGCCCUACUGACUGGGGAGUUUCGAGCGAAGGACCACUCGAAGUACCUCGCACCAGACGAAGAUGAGGAAUGGGAUGCAGUGGCUGAACUUUCGAGGUCAUACCUCGUUCACUUCAGCGACUGGCCUCUCCCUAAGCCGUGGGUGGCCCGGACCAAGCAGCAGUGGGAAGCUUCCCUUCCAGAUUGCCCUAAUACCACAAAGAAGGGCAAACAACUAAAGUGUGCGGACCGUGUGGUUUGGACCAGCAUCUAUGAAGAUUACGACAGAGAAAAGAACGAUCAGUGUAAAAUAGUUUUUGAGUAG